UUCUAUAGAAACACAUGUGCAACAGAUUACCGGAUUUUGGUUGGCUAUCGACAAGGAGAGUCCCACCGUCGUGUCAAGUUGAUUCGUGGCACACUAAUCCUAUUUAAGAGAAGACUAUACUCUCAUCAACAUAUCACAAUUUUGUCGCGUUUGAUUGAACUUGAACAGAAACUUCAACGAUACAAGGCAUGGCGCCACUUUUCAUCGCUAGUCUGCUAGCAGUCUUCAGUCUUGGUUACUGUGGUAACUACACGGUGACAGAAGAGGCGUGGUUUGAUGUGGAGGUCAAGGACCUGGAUGGCCCAGGGGAAGACUAUAGGGGGCGCUUUGUUGUGGCCCUUUUCGGUGAAACAUGUCCGAUGACUACGAUGAACUUUGCCGCUAUUUCAAAGGGUUUCAAGAGGGGACGUAGCACACUUUCUUACAAGAGUACGAAAAUUCACCGUAUCGUUAAGGACUUUCUGAUUCAAAUGGGUGACGUCACAGUUGGAGACGGCACUGGUGGGAGAAGCAUAUAUGGGGACAAGUUUGUUGAUGAAAACUUCAUUCUGAGCCAUCGAGCCCCAGGCAUGGUUUCCAUGGCCAACCACGGCAAGGACACAAACGGCUCGCAGUUCUUCAUCCUUCUCAGCAAGGCCAGGUGGCUCGACGGCAAGCAUGUCGUGUUUGGAAAGGUCGUGAAAGGCAUGGACGUUGUUCGCGCAGUAGGAGACGUGCCCGCCGAUCCGAACAACGCCGUCCCAAAACACACCAUCAAGAUCAUAGACUGCGGUGUGACCGGCCUGGAGAAGAAGUACGAGCUCACACAGGAACAGAUCGACUCUGAAAACGACAUCUCCGACAAUUAAACACAAUCAACAUAUUUUUCAUAAUUAAUUUAUAUUAACUUUCACGACUUUGUUGUUUAAAUAUUGUUUUCAUACCUACCGUCUUCAAUACUUACAAUGACUAUUUCGCUUUAACGCUUUCAUUUACGUGUAAAUUAACCCCGAUUGAUUACUUAUGUUAUAUGCUAUAGUGAGACGUUUGUGAUGCUUAUAUCUAUACGUAUUUUGGCGUGGCAUCUCUACGUGUAAUGAGUGAACCCCUCUAUAUGACCACUGUAAUGUGUCUAUUUGAACGUAUUUGGAUACGUACACUGAAUUGCGUUUACGACAAUCACCUGUAUUUAAAACACGCCCAUCAACAUAUAAUAAAUGAAUAACUUUUAUACUAAAUAAAUUCUGAUGUUGAAUUA